UCCCCGCUUUGCAAGAAUUGAAGGGUAAUUAUCCAGAGACAAAUCCAACGCUCUCGGUGAACUUCUAAAAAGCUACAACGCCGAAAACAGAACAUCAAAGCAGAGAGAGAGAGAGAGAGAUGAACCCCUAUAACGGCAACAACAGGAGUGAUGAAGAGGAAAAGGGUUUGCUAUGGAAGCUUCCAGAGGUUAGGUUUAAUGAGCUUGGGAGGGUGGGUCCUGCUUUCGGCUUUGGUGCUGGCUGUGGUGUUGGUUUUGGUGUCGGCCUCGUUGGAGGUGUUGGGUUUGGUCCUGGUAUUCCUGGUUUACAGUUUGGCAUUGGAUUGGGUGCUGGAUGUGGGAUUGGUUACGGAUUUGGCUAUGGUGUGGGGAGGGGUGUAGCUCAUGAUGAGAAACGGAGAUACUCUAAUGUUGGCAAGCAUUUUCGUGGUCCUGUAAAUCUUCCAACUCAUGAUGAGGUUGGUUCCCUUAUUGAUGAGCUGGUCAUCAACACCAAGAAGCUAGUCAAAGCAACUUCAAGGGAAAUUGAGAAGUGGAGAAGAUGAGUGAAGUCUGUUAGGGCUCUUGUUUCAUGGUGUAAAAUAGCAUUAGUUUGGAUCCAAGUGCUCUAACAAGAGUGUUCACAAAUGCUUGUAUAGAUGAAAUUAUGCCAUAUUUGUUUUAUAUGCAUAGAUUUUAGAUUCAAUAGCUGUUUGGUUCGGUUGUACCAAUAAUUGUGCUUGGCAAGAAAUUUUUCUUGCGCCAUUGUGCAUUAAGCCAAAAGGAUGCAAUGAUUUUUCUUUGGAAAUUAUAAUCAAUGGUAGCUUUUCCUA